AUGGCAAGCGAUCACACAGCAGCUCUGAAGGCACCACAGUUCUGGUCAAAGAGGGCUGCGCUAUGGUUAACGCAGGUGGAAGCGCAAUUUAACAUACGCAAAGUAACUUCAGACCUAACGAAAUAUUCGUACAUAGUAGUGGCACUAGAUGAAGACACGGCAACAAGGGUGAUGGACAUUUUAACCCAACCCUCUUCAAUGCACAAACACACCCCGUUAAAAGACAGGCUGGUGGAUACAAUCCGGCGGAGCGACUGGGAAGCAGCAGCGAAGAUACUGGAGGAAGAAUUAAGUGAUUCUAAGCCUUCGGAGUUGAUGGACAAGAUGUUGACAUUAUUUCCCCCUGGUGAGUCACCUUUUUGUUUAUGGAAAUAUUCCUCUGCAAGUUACCACCCCUGGUCCAGGCCCUCAUAA